AACGCGUAAUAUUCAUGAUAAACAAACAAAUGCACGCCCAUCAAUAUUUUUUAAACUAAACUUAGCUCUCGUAAACCUCGUAGUUUUCAGAUUUAACAUUCAAACAUGGCUGGUGACUCAAUAGAUGGUGCAGCAGUUCUUUCCCGUGCUUUAGUCGAUCAGGGUGUGGAGUAUGUAUUUGGAAUCGUUGGGUAUCCAGUCAUCGAGGUGGGUGUGGCAAUGCAGGUUGCAGGGCUCAAGUUUAUAGCUAUGAGGAAUGAGCAAGCUGCCUGCUAUGCUGCUCAAGCUAUUGGAUAUCUGACAGGAAGACCAGGAGUUGUGUUAGUUGUAUCUGGACCUGGGAUGUUGCACACUCUGGGUGGCUUGGCUAAUGCAACUAUCAAUGCUUGGCCUGUCAUUGUAAUUGGAGGAUCAAGCGAUGAAGACCAAGAAGGAACAGGUGCUUUUCAGGAAUGGCCUCAGGUUGAAAGUGCAAGGUUGUAUACCAAGUUUUCUGCAAGACCACCAUCAAUAGAGCAUAUUCCAUUCUUUGUAGAAAAGGCGGUUCGUAUCAGCACCCACGGAAGACCAGGAGCAUGCUAUCUUGAUGUCAACGGUGAUAUGGUGAAUAGAACCGUAGAAGAGAGUAAUGUCAGGUUUUUCCCUAAAGUAGGACCUCCACCCAAGACAUUUGCUGAGGCUUUACAAGUCACUAGAGCUCUGGAAGCUCUCUCACAGGCUAAGAAUCCUUUGGUGAUUGUAGGAAAAGGAGCAGCAUAUGCCUGUGCAGAGGAAGAGGUGCGAGCUUUCUUGGAGCAAACCGGUCUUCCUUUUCUCCCCACCCCCAUGGGUAAAGGUGUUAUGCCUGAUGAUCACAAGCAGUGUGUUAUAGCAGCUCGCUCAAGAGCCCUCUUACAAGCAGAUGUGAUCCUGUUGUUGGGAGCUCGUCUGAAUUGGAUCCUUCAUUUUGGAAGACCACCACGAUUUGGAGAAGGAACAAAGUUUAUUCAAGUUGAUAUUUGUCAAGAGGAAUUGGGUAAUAACAUUAGUAGUGACAAUGUGAUUGGGUUAGCUGGUGACUUACAAGCUGUUACACAACAGCUUGUAGAUGGUGUGAAGGUUUCCACAGCAAGGGGUGUAUGGCCGUACCCCUCUAACACCCCUUGGUGGCAGAGCUUGAGGUCAAAGGUCAAAGAUAAUGAGGAGAAGAGUAAGAUCUUGGCCAGUGAUAUGUCUGUUCCAAUGAACUAUUAUGCAGCCAUCUCAAAGGUCCAAGCAAUGAUACCCAAGGAUAGUCUGAUCGUGAGUGAAGGAGCAAACACGAUGGACAUAGGAAGAACAAUUCUCUUGAACCAUUCUCCUAGACACAGACUUGAUGCAGGUACCUUUGGGACCAUGGGUGUGGGUAUGGGCUUCAACAUAGCUGCAGCCUUGCUAGCCAGGGAUCGAUGGCCUGAUAAACGAGUCGUCUGUCUGGAGGGAGAUAGUGCCUUUGGGUUCUCUGGCAUGGAGGUGGAAACUAUAUGCAGAUACAAUCUACCAAUACUAAUUGUUGUGAUUAAUAAUAAUGGGAUCGGCUUUGGAACGGAGAAGUCCAUGUGGGAGCUCACUCCACCUGAAGAGCGCCCUCACAGGCUCAUGCCAACUGCCCUCAUGCCUGAUGCACGUUACGAUCAGGUGAUGACAGCAUUUGGGGGCGUCGGCUUCCACGUGACCACGCCCACUGAGCUGGAGAAGGCGCUCCAUCUCAGUCUGAGGGAACACGCCAAGAAACCUGUCCUCAUUAAUGUAAUGGUCAGUCCACAGGCUCAGAGAAAACAACAGGACUUUGAUUGGUUAACAAGGUCUAGUAAGCUGUAACUCAGCUCAUUGUGGAAAGGGUAAAUUACCACUUGGUCUAUAUUGGCUUUGUCUCAUUACUCAUGG